CUCUUGACAUGUGACGCACGUCAGACUGGUCACGAGUCUAGCAAUCGCGUCAGUUUAAUCGUUUACCGAUGCCAUUGGGCUCUCCCUUCGAAUGAUACUCCUAGGAUGUGGCACAGAAGCGCGGACUAUUAGUAAUAUUGAUGUAGGUCUCAGACGCGCCGCUUGAAUCGGUUUUCAAUCUCUCCGAACAGGACAACUUCAGCGUUUCGAUCACUUUGCAUCGACACGCUCCGCCAUGUCAGGUUCAACAUCAACAUCGCAGGAUCUUUCCAUAACACCCCUGCCGCUCACAUUACAACAACGUGAUGAGAUCGAUCGAGUCUUACUGAAGGCCAGUGGCCGCAUCCUGAAGAGUAUCAGUGAAGAUAAAGAAGACGCCACAUCGGACUCGGAUCUCUUGGACUACGCGUUUGUCUCGAUCAUGGAACGAACUCUUUUGGCAGCCAAUAGAUUGCUCAAACGCGAACACUUGAAGGAAAAACUUGACCCGGACAUGGCACAAGAGGAAACACUGCAGAAACACCCUCAACUACGGGAAAUCGUCCGCCACGCCUGUCGGACGCGCUCGUUCUCCCACAUCGCUGACCUCAUCGCUGGAAAUGCAGCAAUAUUUCAAAUACCCCAAGCUAGCGAUCCCGUGCGGUCGUCUCAAGAUGAGGACCGGUCAGACUUUCUUUACGAUUCAUUCGUCAGACCUUACGUUGGCAAGGCGGUGGACGGUUUCUAUGAGUACCUGAAAAAUAACAACAUGGAGUUCAGGGGCCCGCGUGGGCCAUACUAUGCUAAGUUCUGUUCGAUCGUCCAAAGUUCUGGUACGGGAAAAUCAAGACUAAUGAUCGAGCUCCGGAACAAAGGUGUUAUUGUCUUGUACAUGAACCUUCGUGAUCGAAAUGAUCCGGGCUUCCCUAUGCGAGACCUAGUGCCCGCGCGUAUAUUGACGGAAGAUACGGACUGCACUGCAGCCGAGUAUACCGCUCGUUGCUGCGCGUUCUUUACUGCCAUAUUUCAGACGCUUCAGGAGGAUCUGAGCGGCAUAUUACCUCGGCUACGCUCCGGCAAUCCUAAUCCUGUAAUCAAAUCAUGGAAUGACCAGAUGUGCAACAUGCGUUCGAACGCUCGUGACGAGUUCUUUCAGAAGGUUCAUUCUCGAUAUGAGGAGACCCUUACCAAGAUUAAAAUACCAAACCCCGGAGAGAAAACCGACGUGAACCCCGCUGCGCCAACAGCAGAGGAGACCACCGCAAAGUUAGGGAGUAUGUCUCUCACAGACGAAAAGAUCAGGGCGCCGAAAUUGGAAGGCGAAUCAUUCGUCACGACAUCUUAUAACAACAUGCUGAUGGCUCUGGGUAUAUUGACCGAGAACAAGGACCAGGUCUCGAAUCAUGAUCCCAAACUCGUGAUAGCAUUUGACGAGGCCCAUCCUCUGAGCAACAUGAGUGCAAAGGGUUUUCGUCCAUCACAUAUCAUUGGCAGGACGAUCAACUGCUACUCCAGGAACAACAAUGCACCGGUCUGGGUCGUCUUUGCAUCCACGACCUCGCAAGUGGCACAUUUUUCAGCGCCGAAGUCGAUCCAUGAUUCUCUGCGCGUAGCGGUAGCAGGCCAACUCCUCUAUCCGCCCUAUACACGUCUUGGUUGGGACCAGAAUGCAGAUUCUUUGUCUAGUACAUCGGCGAAUAAUGUUGCGAGCUUUGAUCACAUCGUUGGAUUCGGUCGUCCACUGUUUGUCCCUAUGUUUUUAUUCUCGUUUUCAAUCUCGUUGACCACCAUGAAUAGAUGGAAGUCACUCGUAGGGAAACGUCCUAUCUCUGAAGUUUUGGAACUGGCUGCCCAGAAACUCUGCAAAUCGAUCACAUUUAAUGCGAAUGAUGCGAACCAGGCUCUUGCUAUCCUGUCCCAGAGAUUCGGUCUCGACAUUUGCUUGGGUCACCCCGAUGCUGUGUCUUAUCUCGAAAAGGCAGUAGCUAGUUACCUGCGCAUAUGCUUUUCGACGACCGAAGAUAGGAUGUGGUCCUUCACCGGUUAUCCAUCGGAGCCCAUUCUGUCUUGCGUUGCAGCAAUGAUACUCCAUAGGACGCCUGGCGAUGUGGAUGAUGUUUUGUCGAUCUUGAAAAAAAAGAUUGAUGGUGGGAUGGUCGAGAUAGGACAGAGCGGGGAGUUGGCCAGCAGGCUUUUGCUACUUCUCGCUAAGGAUCUCUUUGUCCGCAAGGACCCCCCCAAUGGCGUGAUCCAGGAUUUACUCUAUUACGGAAGUGGGGAUGCGGAACUGAUCGACUGCCGGAAGGUCUCCGUCAUCGAUUUCCUGGAGUACCUAUUUGGCGAGACAUUCUGGUCGAGGACAGUUGUGGAGGCCAAGGCAGCUUUUCAGCAUGCUUACAUCAAUUUCUCGCACUGGGUGUCCAUGACAGAGUUCAUCUCACCGCCAGUUCCCGAUCAAACUGACGCUGAUUCGUUGAGUGCUAGAUGCAGCUCCGAAGAGUGGACUUUGCGCCACUGGCAUCGCACAAGCGCGGUCCAAUGCUGUCAUCUGCAGCCGCUCGUCGACAAGAUGAUUCCCAUCUAUUUCGACGAUCCUGACCUCGGCCCCGAAGAUCUCAAUCGCGUCUCACAGAUAUUUAUUUCCGACAAAGCGGGGAAGAAUCGCCAUGAGUAUGACUUAGGGUGGGUCACUCGCACGCAUGAUUCAAUCCAGUGCCUAUCGAAUCUCCCCUACAUCGCUCUUCUCCUCGACCUGAAUGUGGAACCAAAGCUUAACGUUACGUUCCCGGAGAAGGAGCCAAAACACACUGAAACAGACCGAUGUCUGCGGAUCUACGCUUCUGGAAUAAGCGAGACCACAUUCCCAUUCUUGAGCAAACAUUCCGGUGUUGCGAGCCAGCUGCGUGGGCUUGUCUCUCGGCAGAAGGAGGCACCAUCCCAAACCAUUCUCGAAGCCCUGGUCAAAUUUGGGAGUACGGCUAGGCUACGCAACUUGCAGUGGGAAUUACAAGAUGCAUGAUAAUUCAAUACAACUCGGAUCAUGACUGUACGAUUGUAGUAGAGUGAAAAGCGAUGUAGUGCAUGUUCCUGUGUAUGAUAGAUAAUGAUCGU